AUUUUCUGCUUUGCUGCUCUCCAUAGAUUUGUGCAAUGGGAUUGUGGAAAGCUUGUGCCGUUGUAUUGAGACAAGCUAUUUACAUUCCCCUUCCAACAUACCUCUCUCAAGUCAUUAUUCAAGUUUGGAGAAUUGAGAUGAGGUAUAUGCAAGUCUGUGCAAGAGAUGGAAAGUAAUUAUAUACACCGGACCCAGUAGAUUUUGUGUAUUUUACUAUUGCUUGCAUUGCUCCAGUAUCUCGUGAUCAUUAAACCUGGUACUUCAGCAUGACCGCAGAUGUACAAACAAGACAAUCUAAUUCACAUGUCCCAUGACUUGCAGACAAUAGGGCUUUGCAUUUAUUCCUGGUGUAGUAUGAUUUUUAUUGUGAAACUUCUUCUUGAGCGGUGGAUUGUUCCUAUUCUGUGUUUUCAGGAAGCAUUGUGAGGUUGUGUUGUGGGCAAAUGAGAGGAUGAGAGGUCAUAAGGGCAGAAGCAACAGUCUGGUCCGCUCUGGUAUUUGUUUUAGUUUUUUGUAUUUUUUUUCGGUGAGAGUGUUGCACAGGUGUCUGUCAUAAUGGGAAGGCGAUGGGAUAGUAUGUAGUACAUAGUAUGUGAUUUCAGACAUAGCCUAGUUCUGAUCGGGAAGCACGGAAGUGACAACAAUUUCAGCACCAUACACAGAAACAACAAUGGUUCGGUAAAGGAGCAUGAAUUUUGACCACAGGCAGUUCUGUGACUUGGGCAGAUGUAGGUCCAUGUCUAGCUCUAGGUGGAAUCCAGGGGAAGAAAUCUCGGUUACGAAAUGUUUUGACAUAAAUGGAUUAUCUCAAUUUAGCUCUAAAUUAGCUCAGGUUAUGCCCAGAUAUAGCCUGGCUAUGAACAAACCGGCUAGAAAAUUUUCAUAAUGCUCAAUGCCAUCAGGUAUACCCAGUUCUCCUCAGCUGCAGGCAAGUAAUAAAGUAAUUUUUAUUUACAUCGCAAAAUUGUGCGCGUUAUGUCGACAUUAUUUAUAAUUUGACAUUGUUCACAAUGUGUACUCUUCGUUUACUGCACUGAUACUUGUCUGCAAUCUGCAAUGCACAUUUAAAUGGUCUUUAAGUGCAUGUUUUAUUAAAGUUGACUUUUUAAAAUUUUUUAGAUAGAUUUUUGUACCCACUCGCACACACAGACAGACAUAGCUUAGGUUGGAUAGCUGUAAUGAUUUCUGUUUAAAUCAAAUGUUAUGCCCAAACAAAGGCAUGCAAAUACAUUGUCCAAUUACUGGGGCUAUAUUUAUUCCUUUUUUUGUGUGUGUGUGGGGGGGGGGGCUUUGCUGGGAAUCCACUAGUCACAGUGGCUGGUGAGCCAAAAAGUAAAUGUCAAGUCCUGGCUAAAAGACAAUAAUGUUUUUAAACUUCAAAAAUAUAACUUCAUUAGAUACAUAUUUAUUUAUUAUUUUGCCGGUUCAUUAUUUGGCUGCCAAGUCCAGCUCAUAUUUCUAUACAUUUUUCUCUCAGUGUAAGAAACUGUUGUGUCCCAAGGGGCACUUGCAGAUUUUGUGGGAAUGCAGUGUUUUGCCCUACACAUAACUAUCUGCAAACUUGGAUGACCGUCUGUUCUCGAUGUAUUAAAAGACACAUUCCCCAAAUUUCUGCGAGACAGCUUUUUAUUCUGUUGGAGAUAUAGCCAAGUGUGAGCCAGAAAAAUUAGAGAGACACGUUUCAGAGGACAUGAUGACAGUCCUGAUAUAAAUGCUUCCACAUCGCUGACCUAAAAACAGAGCUUCAUCCUGUUUUAAACACAGCCCCAGCACUGAUCCAACAGAGCAUAUCACGCCUUGGCCCCAAACACAGCCCCCACCCAGACCCAAACACCAACCCCCCCGACUCAAACAUGAACCCCCACCCUGACCCAAAUACGCCCCAACCCAAACACGGCCCCCACCCUAACCCAGAGACAAUCAUCGCUCAACACACUGAGACACUGUACGUGCUUGAGUUCGACAAAAAAAGUUGUCCAAUUAUUCAGAUUUCACAACAAAAGAAAAAAAAAAUCCAAGCCAAGUCCUCACUGGAGUGCAGCGUUAAAUCAAUUAGUGUGUGGCGUUAUGCGGUCUGUGAAUGCUUCGUUUUGUCCUGACUACUCUGUGCUUACGACAGACGCGUGUGGAAUAUUUCACACGUCAUUCCUUCACUGAUUGCCUAGUCUGACCGAUAAGGCUGACCGGGUGACAGCCAGGCUCCUGGUGGUGGUGACCAUGAUUUAAAUACACAGUUCUGCGGUGGUUCCUCUUAAACCAUCAGUACAGCAGGCAGCCCGGGCCUCUGAUUGUCAGUGUUCUGUACAUUCAGUGUGAGAAAAUCGCAUACUGUUUCUGUGAUUUAAAAAAUAAGAUCUCUUCUCUGGAGGUGCGAGGGCAACGGUAUAGACUAUAGCAUACCUUGAACUGUAAAUCCAUUUCAUUUGAAGUUCUCAGGGCUAAACAUGUCUCUGAUCAAUGUAUCUUUUUCUUUUUUUGUUGUUGCUGGUUUCAGUAAAUGUCAAAAGUGAAAUCUUGUGGUGUGAUUUCAUGUGAACGAUUAGCAUACAGUAUCUGAAUAUCAGAAGAAGAAAAAAAUCCUGCUAAGCUUAAGUAUACUUUGAAAUUCCUAUGAAUAACAGCUCCUUAGAUACUGAUGUGAUAGUAUGAACCAUGGUAUAUCCUGUGUUUUAGCCACGGCCACCAUCGCUUUCUCUUCUGAAUGUUUACGAAACACUACUAGCCUAAAAUCUAAAUGGCUGCCAACAUUGACUUUCUACCCGAUCAAUCAAAACGUUUAAAUAUAGCCCCAACUCAGGACUGGUGAACUGACCCCACAUUUCUCUUGUCAUAUUCUAGUUGGGCUACAUAUAUGCAGUCAAAUCUUGAAGAAAGGGGGAAUAGCGAGUUGUCGUUUUUUUUACGAGACAACAGCUUUUACGGACAACUCGUCUUAAGCCCCUCAAAUGUUUUGUUUAUAUGUUGUUUGCACCAUGUGUAAACAGUUGCUAUAGCUGCCAUUUCGCAAUAUCUAUAAAUCUGAUGUGUACACAUUAAAAGAGCAUUUUCCUGAGCUCACUUCCUGUGGGUCGCUGGGGGGAGGGGGAAAGACAUUUGAACACACAUAUGAAGUGUCUUCAGGAAAGGAUGUGUGCUCAAAUAAAACCAUUGCCAUUUUAAGCUGAGUUCACUGGUGUCCUGUCAGGUAUGGCAUUGUAUGUGUUGAUACAGUAUACUUGCUGGUUUAUAUGUGUGUUUGUGUAAAGGAUUAGUGUGCUCUACUGCUUACAUUUUCGGACUAGAUCCUUUGGUCCCACUGCAUAUGCUGGUUUUUGCUCCUGCCAUAACUGCAACCUCUGAAUUAUAGAGCUGUUAAUUAUUCGUAUUGAAACAUUUAAUGUCUAUUGAAAGAUUAUUUACAGUGCUAUCUUAAGGUCACCUUCUUUCAGAAAUAGCAAUGCACACUCUAAAUAAUUGUUCCACAUUCUCAUCCCAGCGAUUUUUAAUCAGUCACAUUUAUGGCUUUAAUUUUCUGUAAUGUGUUGUAUGGCAAAUGGUUCCUCAAACAAGGCUUACAUGAUAAUGUCUUAAAUUGAUAAACUGAUAGGUGAAAUCAUCAGGGUUAUAAUGACUGAAAGUGUGUGGACACCAGGUCUCUGAAACAAAACUGUUUGGAAAAAGAAAGAGUUCAGAGACAGAGUAAGUGAGCCGAACCUGUAUUGUGAAUAAGCAAAAGUACAAAAAUAUAAUAAGUGAAAUUAAAAAUGAUUAAUGUUUUCAACAAUCUUAAUUGAUCAACACAUUGGCUGUAACCAGCAUACAGAGUGGGUCCCCGGUGGGAAGCACUGCUGUACCAUACUUCAUGCAUUUAAGAUUGAAUUCUGUAUUUCUCUGAACACAUACAGUACACUUGAGCGUGACCUUUUCAUAUAAUGCUAUGUUCUUGUUAUCAACUAGGAAGGAUGCUGUGAUGGAGAUCCACAGACAGUUGUCGUUUUUUUGAGAAAUUGCUACACCCACCAAAUACUUCCGCUGGUCUACACCUAUGACUCAUACGCACAACAUCUUAACCUUUUCUUGUCACGCAUCGAAGUGGAGCAGACAGAAGCAGAGUAGAGAUGAGCAGCUGGCUGUGCUCUUGACAAGUGCUCUCGAACCAAUCUGCCGGGAUACUGCUAGACGUAUCGACCACCUCAAAGCACAGGUUGUGGUGUUGUCUGUCCUGAUCCAUAGACGGGAGUUGAAGAUUGCAGGUGAAGUCGGGUGGACCUGGGGGCGUGAGUCGGGUGGGCUGUCAUGACGCCCACAGCGCUGCUGGGCAUUCUGCUGGUGCUCAUAAUACUGAUGACGGUCUUUGGGAACGUGGUGGUGUGCCUGGCCGUGAGCGCCAGCCGGAGGCUGCGGUGCGUCACCAACUGCUUCAUCGUGUCGCUGGCGGUGGCAGACCUCCUGCUGGGCCUGCUGGUGCAGCCACUGUCCGCCGUGCUGCAGCUGACGGGGAAGUGGCCCCUGGGGGCCACCUUCUGCAACAUCUACAUCAGCCUGGACGUCAUGCUGUGCACCGCCUCCAUCCUCAACCUGUUCGCCAUCAGCGUGGACCGCUACUUCGCCGUCACCGCCCCGCUGCGCUACCCGGGCCUGGUCACGCCCGCUCGGGUCGCCGUGGCGAUGGCGCUGAUCUGGGUCGCGUCCCUGCUGGUGUCCUUUGUGCCCAUCCAGCUAGGCUGGAACACACCGGACCUGCGGGUGCAGAACCAGCGUCAGAACGACUCCCGGCACGCCUGCAGGUUCGAGCUGAACUGCGGCUACGUGCUGAUGGACGGCUUGGCCACCUUCUACGUCCCCCUGCUGGUCCUGUGCGGGAUCUACUACCGGAUCUUCCGGAUCGCGCGCGAGCAGGCCCGCCGCAUUAACAGCAGGCCCUCUUCCAUCAGCCUGGCGGCCUCGGUGCGGGAGCACAAGGCCACCGUGACGCUGGCGGCCGUCCUGGGCGCCUUCAUCGUCUGCUGGUUCCCCUACUUCACCUACUUCACCUACCUGGGCUUGCGGGAGGGGGAGGGCUUCUCCCACACCGUCUAUUCCGUAGUGCUGUGGCUGGGCUACGCCAACUCCACCCUGAACCCCAUCCUGUACGCCGCCCUGAACCGGGACUUCCGGACCGCCUACAGCCAGCUGCUGUGCCGGAGAGUGUGCCCGGCGCCCCCCACCAAUUUAAGCAUCCCCAGCCCCGGGGAGUUUGUCCUCUUGUGCGGGCACACCGAGAGCUGCCGAGAGAGACAUGCUAUAGAGGCUGGCCUGGUGCUUCAGGAGAGGAACGGGAGCACCCUCAACAGCCCGGUUCACCAGACAGAUCCUAGCCUCUCCUCUUGACGUCUGUCUGGGCAUGUCUGACCGCACGUAUCUACUGCCAACCUUCUCUGCCCAAUCGGUGAACGCAAGCCAAGAAAACAGGAUGAAACAGACCUGCCUUCUCUAGCACGGCUGAGUCGACAUCUGUGGGAGGAGCUUCCGACAGACCUCAGAACCAAUCAGUAUCAGAGAGAAUUGCCUCAGUCUAACCUCAGACCCAAUCAGCACCACUGGCCUAAUCCUACUGCAUGACUGGACUGGUGUGACUCAAAACAAGAAGAGCAGUCAAAUUUAAUGGUGUGUGUAUGCAUUCCUCAAUCAACGGCUGACACUGCAGGCACAGUGAUCACUUCAAAUGCUUCAGAGACACUCAUUCUGCUCAGUCUGCUGCUGAACCGAUAGUUCUUCCCUGAAUAUUAAUCUUGACCAAAACAGCUUGUGGUUUAAGACUGACUAACCUGUGUGACUCAUGCCCUCUAGUGGAAGUUUUGUCUACACUGCAAGGAAUCAACAACUCCGCCAAGUUUUUUUUUUUUUAUGGACAAAAAAUUCAGUUGAAGUCUGGACUGUUGACAAAUCACAUUGUGCCAUUUUAAUUGUUGCCAGUAGUAAACAAUUUAUUUGAAGAUGAUGAUAAUGAUGGCAAUGAAGAUCGUAUUUGUGAGUCACAUUAAGUAAAAUGUGUAAGUAAAAAAGUAAGAUGAAGACUGGUUUGUAAACAAUGUAAGAAAAGUGCUCUGGAAGAGCAUAAAAUUAGAAUCCGAUGUAAUGAUACUUUUAUACAAAUCUUUGGCCCUGGAAUAAACACUGUCCCUUAGCUCUUCCUUCCCACUGCCAUUUUGUAAGUUAAACUAACUUAAGUUAAGCAAUUGUAGCACUUUCGGUAUCAACAUGCCAAUGUUUAUAACGCACUUCUAGCUUGGAAAGAUGUGAGAACAAAUGUAAAUAAUGCCAAAAGUGUUUAUUUUUAUGACUCUAUUUUUACUGCAAUUUAGGAGAUUUGGACUUUGUCUUGGAUCUCAGAGGGAAUUGAAGAUUGCCAAUGGAUGACAAAAUAUAUUGACAUAGCUAAAUCUAAUUUUUAAAUGGCACCCAUUUUGGGGUGCAAAAAUGUAAUUUAUUCAAUGAGCAUGUCAUGUUCAUUUUAAAAUGUUUACCGUUUCCACAUUUAUAAGACUUUAAAUGAAUGUUUGAAAUAUGAAAUAUGCUGCUAUUUUCCGAUCUGCCGUGCAACAUAUCUAGCUAAAGCACUAGCCCUUGGUACAGUGAUUUUCCCCAGGGGCCAGAAUUUAAUGCUGACUAUGCCUGUGUCGACCAGGAGCAGAAAGUGGCUUCAACCACCCAGGGAGAGAGGAUUCAUGAAUGACUGACUCCUCUGACCAGUCUGAUGCGUGCAAUCCUCCUGCAGUUUCUGUGCAAGAUGUGCAGGCCACUGAGGCAGCAACCGCUGAUCUGAAGACUGAAGGAGAGCCAGGCAGGAGAAUGGCAGUGGUGACUAAGCAGGCGAUUCCUCUCACAAGCUGAUUUGAGUCACAAUAUGUCCAUUUUAAUUUCCUAUAUUCUACUGUUUGGUUUCAAAUUUAACACAUUUGUAGUGUACACUGCUUUAUCACAGUCUAAUUUGGGCAAUUUAUGGGAUGCUUCUACCCCUGUUGUGUGCAAUUUAUUGGUUAUUUUAUUGUUAAAACAAUUAACUUGAAUGUGAGAAGGAAUCAUUAAGGAUAGUACACAAAUCUUGAUUUGUGCUGCUGUAUGUAUAUUUUGAUUAUGUCGCGUUUAAGAACUGAAUGUAAUACUGUAAACUUUUGUACUGAAUUAUGUUUGUGUCUCACUGUUUUGCUGAGGAAUGCAGUAAUGAUUUUUGUUUGCCUGUCACUGUUAUUGCCAUUGUCUCCGUUAAUGUCUCAGUAUGACCACCACCAAAUUAGAGUAUUUUAUUUUUCAUAAAGAUAAUAGAAAGGUAUCUGGAAAUGAUAAGAUCUGCAAAAUGGGACUUGUGAUACAGUAUUUGAGUGAGCGAGAUUCUGAGGAGCCUGAAAGCCUGAAAGGGACUGCACCAUAGGCAGAGAUGAUGAGGAAUUCUGUAAAAAAAUAUUCUGUGAAAUGUCCAGCCACUGUUCUAUAGAUCUGAUGCUAUUGAUGACUUCCCACUCCACUGAGCUGCAGAGCUGUGAUGAACUCAAGCAAGCAGAGACACCUGUGAAGCUCUCUGUUUGGUCUAUUUAUGGAUUUGAACAUUGUGUUAGUGUAGACAUAAUUAUUUAAGAUUCUAUUUUGAAACAGUAUAAUAAAGUUAUGAGCCUUUUAGAGUA